GGCUGCGGCGGCGGCGGCGUCUCUGCCUCUCUGACCUGCCGCCCCAGGCGCCUCAGGUGUUAGAGAAGCCGCUCGGUCAGUGAAACGCGGAGGUCCCGCCGCGCCGAGGAGGAGUCCGGCCCCUGGAGGAACGGACAGCCUUGGCUGUCGGAAGCUGCACCUUGGCGACCAAAAUUUCGGGAACCGUGCCCGUUCCCUCAUGCCAGACCAGGAGACGUGGACUGUGUUCCCUAGGACUCCCUCUCGUCCUCACGUCCAGUCAGCUUCGGGCAGUGAGGAACCUGUGGCUGGGAGGCGGAGGCCUGGGUUCAAGCCCCGGGGCCGCCACUGGCUCGCUGGAGACUGCGGACGGCCCUUCCCGGGGCUGGAUGCGCGUUAGGCUCAGACUGCAGGGUUGAGCGAGGAGAAGUCUGAGGACCUUUCGAAGCUCAGGAACCAAGUUUCCCCGAGCCCCCUUCUCCAGGUCUAAAGUGAGAGCGUUGAAUUUGCUGACUCGGGGGCCUCUGGAGAAGCUCCUGACUGCGUUUUGAGUACGCAGGCGGUCAUAUGCAAGGACUUCUAAGUGGACUAACAUCAAAGUUACUUUUCGUGAUGUUUGGUGGCUAUGAGUCUAUAGAAGCAUAUGAAGAUGACCUUUAUCGUGAAGAGUCAUCUAGUGAGCUGAGUGUUGAUAGUGAGGUGGAAUUUCAGCUUUAUAGCCAAGUUCAUUAUGCUCGAGAUCUUGGUAAUGCCAUCAGGGAGGAAGAACAUGAAGAAAAGAACUCUGAGGAUUCUGAAUCAUUGAGUAAACCAAAUCAGAAGAAUCUAAUUGUCCUUUCGGAUAGUGAAGUCAUCCAGCUCUCCGAUGGGUCAGAGGUGAUCACUUUGUCUGAUGAAGACAGUAUUUACAGAUGUGAAAGAAGGAAUGUUAGAGUCCAAGCACAAGGAAAGACCCGUAGUUCUGCUUCUUCUCUUCCUUCAAAGGAGUUGGCUGGUAAGAAAUGCAGGAGGAAUAUUGAGAAGCCUAAACCUGAAGAGAGAUCAAAUGUGAUCCAAGAGGUCAUGGUUAUAGAAGUCAGUUCAACUGAAGAUGAAGAGAGCAUCAUUUCAGAAAGUGAUAAUGUGGAAAGCUGGAUGCUACUGGGAUGUGAAGUGGAUGAUAAAGAUGAUGAUAUCCUUCUCAACCUUGUGGGAUGUGAAGACUCUGUUACUGAAGGUGGUUGAUACGGCCGGCGCGCU